CAAGGAUGACAUCAAGAAGGUGAUGGCGACCAUUGAGAAGGUCCGGAGAUGGGAGAAGCGCUGGGUGACUGUGGGAGACACUUCCCUUCGUAUCUUCAAGUGGGUGCCAGUGGUGGACCCCCAGGAGGAGGAGCGACGGAGGGCAGGUGGCGGGACAGAGAGAUCCCGAGGCCGGGAGCGGCGGGGUAGGGGUGCCAGUCCCCGAGGGGGUGGCCCUCUCAUCCUGUUGGAUCUCAAUGAUGAGAACAGUAACCAGAGUUUCCAUUCGGAAGGCUCUCUGCAGAAGGGUACUGAGCCCAGCCCUAGCGGCACCCCCCAGCCCAGCCGCCCUACGUCACCUGCUGGACCACCAGAAGGGGUCCCAGAGGAAGCUCAGCCUCCAAGGCUGGGUGAGGAGAGAGAUUCCGGGGGCAUAACUGCAGGUGGCACUGAUGAACCCCCAAUGCUGACCAAGGAGGAGCCUGUUCCAGAAUUGCUGGAGGCUGAGGCCCCUGAAGCUUACCCAGUCUUUGAGCCAGUGCCACCUGUCCCCGAGACAGCCCAGGGUGACACAGAGGACUCGGAGGGCGCCCCCCCACUCAAGCGCAUCUGCCCAAAUGUCCCCGACCCCUGAGAAGCCGGCCUGCCUGUCCUGUUGCCCCAAGGGCCCCUUUAACUUUUUACAAAUAAAGACCCUUUUGUAA